AUACCACCACUUGGCUUCUUGGCAUUGCUUUUUUGUUUUUGGGCCGUGAAAAGUGUGUACUCAUUUCCAAGCUUUCGAGUCAGAAGUCUUAUGUUGUCAUAACCCAAAAUUCUUUGAAGCAGAAGCUCGACACCAAAUACAACCCAUUUCACGCCUGAAAGAUAACCCAGCCCACCCCAAAUCCCUGCUUCUUUUCCCUUCCCCCCGUCUAGUGCCCCAGUCCUCGACUCUCUCCCUCCCUCCUCCUCUCUCUGCGUUUGCUCCUCCUAAAUCCCUACUUCUUUUCCCCUUCCCCAGUCCAGCACCCCAGCCCUCGAAUCUCUACCUCUGCGUUCACUCCUCUCCACCGCCGUAAUCCUUUUUCUUUGCCGUUGAUCACCCCAGUAAGUUCCCAUUCCUCUCUCUCUCUCUCCCUUUGACUCUCCCCCCAUCUUAGGGUUGUUCUCUGCUCCACUGCGCUGCACCACGACCAAUUGAAUUCUGCAUGUAAGCUUGGGCAGCUUAUAUGACGUCCACGGUCAAGAUUGGAUUCCCCAUGUAAUUCUAAAUUGGAUUUCCGCCUUGCACUUUCCCUCCCACUAGUAAUUCUAAAUUGAAUUUCGCAUGGAUUGAUGACCGCAUUACAUUAUUCUUCCUAUCGGCCCAGCGAUUGUUUCCUUUCCUCUACCAACUAGGGUUAGGUUUUCUGCAAAGCAAUUUUCCGAUCCGAAGCCGUGAGAGGAUUCUAAAUUGACGUAUUUGCUCCAUUUUGUGUUGGAUCUCUACCUUUGUAUACACAGUUGCAUUGCUUCAUCCAUCAAUUCGGUGAGUUCUCUUUUUCCCUCCUUUAGAACAUUGGCAAUGGCCUACAUUUGCCAAUGCAAGUCUAAAUUAAAAGCAAAUGUGAGAAAAAACAUAUGCAUUGGCUUAGCUAAACCUCUCAAAUUUGAGAUUUAUGCUAUAGUGUUUGUUAGCUCCUCUCCAAGAUUGGCGAAGUCUGUUCUGGAAUCAAAAGCAUAUUUUAUUAUUUCUCUUCCUCCAGUUAACUCUUUUAUUCUUUUUCAUCAUCUUGAAACUUUCCCAUUUUCUCUCUCUUCUUUCUUUCUCCAGAAACCAUUUUCUCUUCUUCGACCUAGCCAAUCCGCAUUUUCUCCGUCGUUCUUUUCUUCUUCAACCCGCAAGGCCCAUUCUCUCUGUCUUGCUUUUUUUCAGCCCCAUUCUCACAUACCUGCCUUGCUCUUCUUUAACCCGCAAGCAUCCUCUUUUCCCCAGUGGUCAUCUUUGAUGUCAUCGUCUAGUUUUUCUCAACCAUAAGUCUCUCUUUCUUGCUCUUCUCUCCCUCUAGUAUGUGCAUUCGAUGUGUCGUCAUCUUCCUUGCUCUUCUCUCCCGCUUCUUUGAUUCUCAUUUUCUGGUUUAUCGAGUAAUUAAAUCGCCAUGUGUUUUGCAAUUCUAAUGUUGAACACUGGUCUCGUUCUCGAUUAUCACAGGCAAAUCGAUUCUCCAUUUGUUGUCUCCAACACAGAAGACUUAGGUUUCUAGUCCUCCUCUCAACCAUUACACUUUGAGUUAUCCUCCUAUUUUUCUUGCCAUUUGCAACCUAAUAGAGCAGAUGGAUCUUGAGACGGAGAACAGAAUAGCUGCAAUGCUUAUGAAAGAAGCAGCAGAAUUGCGGCGACAAGCAGAGAAGGAAGGUGUGCAAGCCUAUCUUAAACAACCCAAUUCACGGUUUCGGCCCAAUUCACGGUUUCUAAGUGCAACUGUUCUUGGAGUACAAGAAGCAAAUCGAUCUGUGGAAGUGAAUGAGAUGUUGCGAGCCCGACAAAAAGAGCUAGAGCUGGAUGAUAGAUGUAAAGGCAAAUUUAGAAAUGGAAGCAGUAAUAGCAGCAGCUGUAUUGACAAUCACGGCGUAACCAAAAGUAAGAGUUCUCUUGUGAAUGUUAACAAUGCAAGUGCUUCAUGUUCAUCAAGUGAAAGAGUAUAUGAGAGUGGCUCUUCGAGGGAAGAUGAAGAACUUGAGGAGUUUCUACACUCAAGGGCCAAACGUGGCAGAGGUGGUGUUGGCCCAAGGAUGGAUGAAACGGAUCUGUACCUUCCACCUUCUUUGGACUCCAUUGAAGAUCGGUCAACGAGCGCUGAUGUAUGGAGACGCCAUGUUGUCUAUGGUCCUGAGGAACCUUCUACACUGAAGUCACAUGAUUCUUCAGAAGAGGAGACUAGCGAGGAAAAGCGGAAGAAGUCAAAAAAGCUUCCCUCAGGGAGCUCCGACAAACAACACUCAAGGAAGCAUCCAAAGAUAAUUCUAAGGAUAAGAAAAAGAAGAGAAACGAGGAGAAAAGAAAUAAGGAAAAAUAUAGUUGCAAGCACAAUUAUGUAUUAAUCUGUGUAUCAAUAUAAUGUGAUUGAUCAAAAAGUAGAUUUUAUUAAAAAUAGUGUUAAUUUAAAUUUUAAGUAUGAAUAAAUCAGUAUUGGUACACAGAUUAAUACGCAACUGUACUUGUAUGUAAUAAAACUCAAGAAAUAAACAUCGCAAGUAAUGGUUAUUUUCUAAACUGGCUGGUUUCCCACAGAGUUAACAAGUCAUUGUACGUCAAUAUGAAUGAAAAAUCCUUAUAUACGGGCAUAGAAAAGUAUUGAAUAUUACUUUUGUAUCA